AUGGUACUGGCAUUUUGUAGACGUGGUUCGGUUAUUCCCAUUUGUCUCUAUCUAUUGGUGGGGAGGUAUAUGAAGGAACGAAACAGUGGAUUGAGGAAUGAAAGCUCGAAGACAAAGAGAACCGGGCUUUUCCAAAGAAUUACUGCAGCUUUCCCACUCCCUUUGAUUAUCAUAUACAAAAAAGUAUCUUCCACUUUCCUACCAAAUCUCUCUUUAUUCUGGCACAUAAAUGAAGGGAUCGAAGAGAUUAUGGCAGAUCAUGUUCACCAAGAAAUGACCCGAAAUUGGAUCUUGGUCUAUUUGAGAUUGUUCCUUUUAAUCGUAAUCAAAGAUGUUUUCUUGUCUCUCGUUUCUUUUCCGAACAAAUCGAAGAACCUAAUGGAUCGAACUCAUCCUUGGCAGCUACGA